UCUGAAAAUACUUAAUUUUUUUUCUUCAGGGCAGGAAGCUCUCUGCCUAAUCGUCAUAUCUCUCCUGAUGCUGUUGAAUGGACUUGUCUCUGCUUACAUUUUAAGAGAUGGAGUCCAAGACCCAGGGUCUGAUGCAUUUGGUCCUCCAAAAAUCAUUGUACCCACUGGAACAACUGUCAAAGCUGAGCUAGGCAAGUCGCUGAAGCUAACCUGCCAAGCAAUUACUUGCUAUACUGACAAAUUUUCCACAAUCAUUUACUGGUUGGCAAACCACGAGUUCAUCGAGGAUGUGUUUGAGAACAGCAGGGUGAAAGAAGGACAGGAAAUAUUUAUGACUGAAAAUGGAAAAACUCUUAUCCAGAAAUAUUUGGAGUUCACCAAAGUCACGCCUGGAGAUUUCAAGACUAACUUCACGUGUGCUGUGCUGAAUCCCACUGGAAGUUCAGUGAAAACCAUCACCUUAGGUCAGAGUUGGAAAGGGAAACCAGAAGAAGAUUACCUGCCUGAGCUUUUCGUGGAGAUGGGAUGUCUGCAGCUGUCUUAUUAAGGGAUUCAAGUUAUUCACAUGGUUUCUCAGAGCAAAGACAAAUCUUGAGAAUUAGGAUUUAGGAACACCAGUUGAUCAUUUAGCCCCUAAAACGUGUUUUGCCAUUCAAUAAAAUCAUGGUUAAUCUGGUUGUCCUUUCAACUGCACUUUCUCUCUGUCCUUCACAAACCUGGGAUUCUUUUGUUCAUUCAAUCUGUAACUCAACCAUGAAUAAACUCAAUAAGUCAAUCUCCACUGUUUUCUGUGGAAGAGAAAUUUCAGAUUAUUGACCCUCAGAAAAAAAUUCCUCAACUCCUCUUUAAAAGCAAGAUUCUUUUAACUGGUUCUAAUUAGUUUAGAUGCCUAUCUGGGACACCUCAGAUGUGCCAUACAGCCAUGAAGAUAGUGUGUUAGGAGCUUUUAUUGUUUUAUUUUGGACUUCUUGUCGUGAAUUUUUAUGUAAGGGGGCAGUCAGCUGGGAGCAGCUCUGAGAUAGUGAGAAUCUGUCAGGAUCUGUAGA